AUGUUGGACACAAACUUCUCCAUAAUAGACUAUUUGGUGUUUAGUUCACUAUUGAUCGCCUCAUCGCUAAUCGGUGUCUACUUUUGGUUCAUUUCCCGCAAAAAUGGCACAAAUGAUGAGUUUUUGACGGGAAAUAGACGGCUCAGUCUAUUCCCGACCACCCUUUCCCUGAUCGCCAGUUUUAUGUCCACAAACACACUGCUGGGCCUCCCGGCGGAGGUGUAUCAGGUGGGCACACAGAUCUCCAUGCAAAUCAUCUCGAUGGUCAUCACCAUUGUGUUGACUGCCGAGGUAUUUAUGCCAGUCUACUAUGACUUGGGUUUUGUCAGCUAUCUGGCCAAACGGUUUGACGCACAAUAUAUGCGCAUAACGGGCACAAUUGGAUUUUUAUUAUCAACCGUAAUACCAUGA